AUGUUGGGCGCUUCGGUUCCGCGUCCGCUCAGUGCGCGUAAGGGUCUGCGGAACGACCUGGGCGCCAACAACUGCUUCCUGAACGUGAUCAUCCAGAGCCUAUGGCACGUGCGAAGCUGCCGUGUGCUCAUAUCCAUGGGCGACCACGCCGUGCACCACCGCUGCGGCGGCAAACCCACGAACGCCAGCUCAAUGCGAACAGAGACCAUCACUCCUUGUCUAUUGUGCGAAUUGGAGCAGAUUUUCAUCAUGUACCAGUUCGCUGAGCAGCCCGUGCUGGACGUAGACCGCGCACGACUCGCACUGGGCGAAACGUUCGCUCUUGGGGCCAUGAAUGACGCCACAGAGACGCUGGAAACGAUUCUAGACGCCCUGCACUACGACACAUUUAAUCGGAUGCUACUAUUACGGCGCAGAGGUUCCUCCGCCGCUAUUGACGGGAUCCACAAGGCCGAGGAGAUGUCUGAAUCCGUGCGGGAGGAUGCGUCCGCCAUCAUCUGUGAGCCCCAGUGCGUCGCUCACAGAUUGUUCCAAAUGAACCUCAUGGAGCUCAAGAUCUGUGCCUCCUGUGGCCACACAGCCGAGCCUGUCAUGAAUACAGACUUCCUCUAUAGAGUGUACGCCCAGGAACUGCUCAAUAACGCACGGGCGGGUGGAGAUAAGAAGAAUGUGACACUGGAGGAAGUUCUGAGAGCUGAAGCGCAGUCACAAGAGGUGGCUGGGACCUGUGACGAGUGUGAGAAAGGGAACCAAAGGGCACUGAGCAGGUGGAUCCUCACCCUACCGAUGGUGUUCUCUAUCAGUAUCAUUUGGUCCAGUAGUCACGUGAACAAGACGGAUAUUAAGGACUGGAUGCAGCUCUUGUCGACCCAGUGUCAGACAGACGAGGAUUCCCAGCAAGCACUGGAUCUAGGACGGAUAUUCAGACUGGAUAGCUCGACCGAAGUGUCGUCGGUGUACUCGUUCAGAGGACUCGUGUGCUACUAUGGACGCCACUAUGUGGGAUUCUUCGCCAGUAGGCUGAAUGAGGACGGGGUGGAGAAGGAACGCUGGUUCUUGUUUGACGAUACGCGCGUAAAACUUGUGGGCAUGUGGGCGGAUGUUAAACUGCGUAUUGAACGCGGAGGAUACCAGCCGACACUGCUGUUCUACGAACGCAAUGGUAUCGAACAUGAAAACCUCGAGAAGAUCGCAACAGAGAUCCACAAGUGGUGGGAAGCGUCCGCGGAUGAACCGGACAAAACCAAUAAAGAUGAAACAACAGAGAAAAAGCCUGCAAAUACGAUGGUUAAGAACCGCAAAGGUGCUCCACACGAAGUGGAACUCGGUCUUGAGGACGAGUUGCUAGCGAAGAUGGAGCGAAGUGUCCGUAUUACGCAGGAACAUCCACUCCCGCCGUUAGUCCAGGCAGGUCCAAGAACGAUGCCGACUAGCCCAAUUUCGUUGCCUCCCCGAGCUCCAAAGUCAAUGCCCGUGCAGAAGGGAACGCAAGCGAAUGGAUGGCGCGACGAGGAUAUCCAUUUACACAUUGCACACCAAUCUGCGCAGGAUACGCUGUCGAGACUCAAUGGGAUUCUGUCAAAGGAUAAAGCCCCAGCAUCGACUCCAGUUGAUGGGAGAGCGGUGCUACGCAUGGCGAUGUCUCAAUCUAUGCGGAAUUCUGUUCGUCUACGUGACUAUUCUAUUCAUCGUCCCACAGAAAAGCAUAUGGAAGUGAAUCCCGACAAGAUCUUUGAAGACGACACACCUGCGAUUGCAGAGGAGCAAGACACGAUAGCGUCUGAUGAAACAACGACAGAAAUCUCCGAAGCUCGGCUGAAGAUAUUUGACGUGCGUCUCAAUGCUUCGGAUGGAGGUAUCGGCUUGCUGCUGGAAGAGUCUACAAAUGAUGAUGACUCGUCACCGUCGACGGACUUCAAGAAAGCGUUUAUCGUGUCGGGUUUCGAGGUUAAUGGUGCAGGCGAGAAGCUACCAGCUGAAGCUAGCGGCGCCAUUCGCGAGGGAGAUAUUCUCGUGGGCAUUAAUGGCCAUAUGCUGGAGAAUGAAGAACUAGUGGACGUGUUGGAGAUGUUGCUGAUGUCACCAAAUCCGGUGCAGCUCAAGUUUUAUCGCUUCCAGCCAUGGGCGUGUCCUCGCUGCACGCUGUUAAACAACACAAUUGAUCCAACUUGUGCGGCUUGCGGCCACGCACCAGCGGUGCAAAAACUAGGCAGCAUUGAUACCGACAAAUGGUAAAACAUCGUGAACGUGACCCUCGUGUGAAGCCGAAGCCAAUGCUACUUGCUGCAAAUGGCCCCUU